GAGCGGAAGGUCCCGCCCUUUGCGGGGUAGCUUCCGGUUUGCUGACGUCACCGACCGGUGCUGGCGCCCUGUUUGUGCUUUUGGUGUCGCACUUAAGGCCGUGUUCUCUGCACUGUGGUCUAGACGUUCUCGACUUGGUUUUUCACAUUUAGGUCUAGGAUCAACUCUGAGUUAAUUUUGUGAAAUUUUCUGAGUCUUUGUCCAUAAAGUAUAUUUUUAGUAUGAUGUCCCAGAAACAGUUCUAGAAAAGACUGCUCAGUGGAUUUCCUUUGCUAUUUUACCAAAGGUCAGUUUGUCUUUUUAAUUUUUAGUUUGUUUGUGGAUCUGUUUAUUCUUCCUAAAUAGUGCGUUGUCUUGUGUAUUUGAUUGGAAAUGUUAAGUGUAUGCUGAGGGGUUGUCUGUGUUGUGCUGUUUUGGUUCUUUAUUUUUAUAAAAAUAUUUGUAUAUAAUCUUUAGUAAUUUUCUGUUACUGAUAAGGAAUUUUUAACAUUUUUGGGGGAAUUAUGUUAAAUCUGAUAUUGAAACUGACAUUUUAGGGUCUCGUGGCUUUCUGUCAUGUGUUGCCAAAAACGUAGACAAAUACAUUUGUAUCUUUCCACAGUGUCAGGAUUUACUGAAUAGAAAUUUAAAAGGUGUCAUGCUUCCAAUUGUAAUCAGGUUUUUUUGCAAAUUGUGAUUACUAAUAUUAACUUCAUAUCACACAGUGAAUAUGUAUGUAUAUGCACAUAUGCUGUUUACAGAAUGCAUGGCAGUUCAAGAGGCUGCAGCAGAGUUCAAAGGGUCUUAGACGGUUGACGGAGAGACAAGCAGGUAGUGUUUCAGGUGAGAUAAACCAGAACCCAGGACCAGUGCGCCACAGGGAGGGAACUUUGAGUGAAGCCUGGGGAAGAGUCAGGUUUGAAAGUGUAGCUAUAGUGUUCCAGCUGUGAGAUGAAAGGCGGACUGGGGUCUGAGAUGAGGUCCUGGUCCCAGUGGACAAUCAAGAAGAGUCCCUGCCUUGGCUCCCAUUUCAGGUAUCAGAUGAUAGUUUGGUUUUAGGCUAGGUGUCCAUCACUUCCUGAGGCCAGGCAAGGGAGUUGCAUCCUCAUCUACAACAUUUUAAAUAAGUGUGUGUGUAUGUGUGUGUAUGUAUUUAUCAACUCACCCUGAUAAAUUUGUAAGUACUCUUUUUCUACUCCCAGGAAUAAGCUGUUUCCUAGUCUGUGGUGCAUGGGUAAUCGUUUUGAACGUUAUGAGGAGUGAAUACAAGUGGAAGAUAAUGUCAUACAAUGUUGAGGCUUCCCGGCCUCUGUGAUAGUGACUUUUGUUUUUGUUUUUCUGUCAUUAGAAAUGUUUGCUUCUUUGUAGUUGGAAGUUUUCCUGUGUCCCGCCUGGUCUGCAGCUGCUCAGACCCAAAUAAACACACAGAAGUUUAAAUUAAUUAAAAACUGUAUGGUCAUUAGCUCAGGCUUAUUACUGACUAGCUCUUUCACUUAAGUUAACCCAUAAUUCUUAUCUAUGUUUAGCCAUGUGGCUUGGUACCUUUUCUCAGUUCUGCCUUCACAUCUUGCUUCCUCUGUGUCUGGAUAGCGACUCCUGACUCAGCUCUUCCUCUUCCCAGCAUUCCUUUAGUCUGCUCACCCCACUUAUACUUCCUGCCUGGCUACUGGCCAAUCAGCAUUUUAUUAAACCAGUGUACAAAAGCAUUAUCCUACAGCAGCUCUUGUCUAAAGGCUUUUCUCUUAUCUACCCUUUUCUUAAUUUACACAUGAUGUAGAAUUGGUAUUUGUACAUCCAGUUGUGUACUGUUGUCAGAGGAAGAUGAUGGUCUUUUUUAUAUUAAUGUAUCAUAAAAGUUUUAGUAGUCCUUUAGUAGUUCCUCAGGUUUUUGUGGAUUUUCUUUCCUUCCUUCCUUCCUUCCUUCCUUUGUUUUUUAAAAGACUUACUUAUUUAUUAUGUAUACAGUGUUCUGCAAGCAUGUAUGCUUACAGGCCAGAAGAGGGCACCAGAGAUCAUUACAGAUGGUUGUGAGCCACCAUGUGGUUGCUGGGAAUUGAACUUAGCACCUCUGGAAGAGCAGCCUGUGCUCUUAACCUCUGAGCCAUCUCUCCAGCCCUUUUGUGAAUUUUCUCUAUGGAAUUUUUUUUUUUUAGCUCAAUGUCUCCACAUUUAUUUCCAUGUCUCUGCUCAGUUAUUGAUAUUUUCAUAUGACUUUUUGGGAUUUAACUUGUUGAUUUGUUACAUUACAUUGAUUUCAGAGUUUUUCUUUUCUAGUUCUGGGUAUUGAAUCAAGGCUUGAAAAUGUGGACAAUAGAAAGAUAAAGAUAGAGCAUAGUCACUGGGCUUCAGAGAGGCUCUUUGAAAGGUGCCUGAUGGUACACGUAAUAAAGUAUUCCUGGAAAAGCUGAGAACAUUAAAAACAGAGCUAACAGCUUCAAAAACCUUAGAUUGGAAACUUUUACCAUAUGUAAUCAACUAAGAGGCCUGUCUCUGUGCAGGUCUGCCAGGGGAUUUCAGGAAGGAUUAACUGAGGCGAGAAGACCCUUUCGUAUAGUGGGUAGCACUUUGAGUGUGACCUCAGUAGAGAGAAGUCCAAAGAAGAAGCAGUGUUGCUUUCCUGCCUGCCUUCACUUCUUGCUGGUGAGUGCAUCUGUCAAUUGCUGCUGCUGCUGUUCUGCCGCCACCUCAUCCUUCACUGACAUUGGAACCCAGCUUCUUGGGCCUUCCAGUGUGGACUGAAGAGCAGAAGCUGUCCAGGUGUGCUCUGGGCCUUUGGCACCUGAUUGAAGCUCCUGAGGCUUCCAGCCUUGUGGACGGAUCCUCUCCAUCAUGGAGACAGCCAUUGUUGGACUAUCCAGGCCAGAUCAGGAUCUGGUGAGCUUUGAGGAUCUGGCCGUGAACUUCACCCAGGAAGAGUGGGAUUUGCUAGAUCCUUCUCAGAAGAUUCUGUAUGGAGAUGUGAUGCUGGAAACCUGCAGGAACUUCACUGCUAUAGGAUAUGAAUGGGAAGAUCAUACAAUUGAAGACCAUCAUGAAGAGCCUGAAAUAAAUUUAAGGCACAUCAUAUCUCACUCUGAAUAUACACAGUAUGAACCUGAGGACUGUGAACAGAAGCCACAGGACUCUAAUUAUCUUACAAGGAUAGAAGGAUACACGGAAACUCAGACUUCGAGUGGACCUUCUGUGUGUGAGGUAUGUUUAAAGACCUUUGGACUGUAUCACCUGACUUACAAUGGACAUCACAACUAUGACUACAAGGAAAUUGGAGGAAGCCAGACGGAUGAAAAUGAUUAUGAUAAUCAAUGCGAUAAAACUUCCAGUUCCCUUCAAAAACAAGAAAAAAAUCAUACUGGAAAAAAACUCUAUGUGUGUCAAGAGUGUGGUAAAGCCUUUAGGUAUCCCAGUGCCCUCCAGUUACAUGAAAGAAUUCAUACUGGAGAAAAACCCUAUGAGUGUAAAGACUGUGGGAAAGCCUUUAGAGGUCUCAGCGCCCUUCAUUUGCAUGAAAGGAUUCAUACCGGAGAAAAACCCUAUGAGUGUAAACAGUGUGGCAGAGCCUUCACGUAUCUCAGUGCCCUUCAAUUACAUGAAAGAAUUCAUACUGAGGAAAGACCCUGUGAGUGUAAACAAUGUGGGAAAACCUUUAGAUAUAGCAGGGCCCUCAAAUUACAUGAAAGAAUUCAUACUGGAGAAAAGCCCUAUGAAUGUAAGCAAUGUGGGAAAUUCUUUAGAAGUCACAGGACCCUUAAGUUACAUAAAAGAAUUCAUACUGGAGAAAAACCCUAUGAGUGUAAAGAAUGUGGGAAAGCCUUUAGAUGGCUUACUUCUCUGAAGUUACAUGAAAAAAUUCAUACAGGAGAAAAACCCUAUGAAUGCCAAGAGUGUGGGAAAGCCUUCCGGUGUCAGGCUUCCUAUCAUAGACAUAAAAUAACUCAUGGUGGAGAAACACUGUAUGAGUGUAAAGAAUGUGGUAAGUCCUUCAUUUACCCCUCUUUACUUCAAGUGCAUGAAAGAACUCACACAGGUGAAAAGCCUUUUGAGUGUAAGCUGUGUGGGAAAGCCUUUAGAUGUCAAUCUUCGCUUCGAUUGCAUGAAAGAACGCACACCGGAGAAAAACCCUAUGAAUGUAAACACUGUGGUAAAGCCUUUUCAAGUUAUAAUUAUCUUCGAUUUCAUGAAAGAAGCCACACUGGAGAGAAACCCUAUGAAUGUAAAGAAUGUGGUAAAACUUUCACACAUCGCUCUUACCUUCGAUCACAUGAAAGAAGACAUACUGGAGAGAAACCGUAUCAGUGUGUUCAGUGUGGCAGAUCCUUCAGUCGGCAUAGUUCCUUUAAAAGACAUCAGUCCGUUCAUGGAGUGGAAAAUGCCUAUGAAUGUCAACAAUAUCUACUUCCUUUAUCCCCAUUUUCUUCAAAUGAAUGAAAGAACAGAUAAUUGGCAACAAACCCUUUGAAUGUAAACGAUGUUGCAAAAAUGUCCCCAUCCACAUAAAACACGUGCGGGACUCAAGACAGGGAUGAGCCUUUUAUAUGUAAACUGUAUGGCAUAGCCUUUCAGGGGUCAGGGUGUCCUUCAAGUCCAUGAGGGAAUUCAUGCUGGGCAAAGCUUAUAUUUGUUACCAAUGUGGUAAGUGCCACUUGUCACACUUCCUUUCAGAGAGGUAAAUUAAUUCGUACUGGGCAAAUGCCCUAUGAAUGUA